UGAUUGUGUUUAGGCCUAUUUGCAUCAUUUGCUGACACCAGUAACAUUGUCAUUGUGGCAUUGUCUCUUUAAUUCUAAAAACAGGUCAAGUAAAAAAAGAACGUAACGUGACACUAACAAGCACGUUCUCUGUGGCUGUUCCAGUUUGUUGACAUAACGAUUCGUCCUUGUGUUGUGUAACGUUAUGCUAUGAACGACGAGGACUGACGGAGAAAGUAAAAACAUCGCGAAACUGACCAUUUAUUGGUAAAGCAUGUCUGUAAAACAUGCCAUCAACCGUGGGGUGGAGUUGGGACGAUCGGUUAUCCAGCUAGGUCUCCUCAAACCUGCUGGUCGACUUGCAGCAAAGUUCCGAGGUGAGCGUCUUCGUGUAGGCCAACUGGGCCGAACCGUUCAGCCUCAGACUUUCCUGCCAGUUCGGUACCGAUAUUUCCGCAUGUCGUUGGGGGGUCUUGCAGCGCAGCUGCAGUCCGGUGGUUUCAGGAGGUUUGGGGGCAGCGGCUCGCCAAGAAACAGAGUAGUGUUUUUGGCUUUCGGUUUCGGUGUGGGGUUGAUCGAACAACAGCUCGAGGAUGAUCGAAGGAGUGCUGCGACAUGCCAGGAAAUCCAGGUAAACAACAUGGAUGUUGACAACAAAUUGAUAUACAAGUGCUAGCUAUCUACAAUGUAAAAUAUUUUAUUGAUUUGUUGAAAAAAUGCCCUUUUGUGAGUCGUCACUUUUUAUCUUUAGUCUGGACAGGAAUAUCUCAUUUAAAUAUGACAUUUAGUAAAAUAAAAUAAUAAUAAUUACAUAUCUAAUAAUAUUUUAAUAACGUUGUUAAUAAAAAUGUGUUAUUUCAUCUAAAAGGCCUACAUUUUACCUCUUCUCUAAAGGCUGUGUUUACCAAGAAGAAGUACCCCAGUCCUCUCAAGUCCUUUGCCUCGGGAUACAAGCUGGAGGACUACCUUAUUGGGAAGCAGAUAGGGAAAGGCUCCAACGCUGCAGUGUAUGAAGCUGCGGCUCCAUUCGCUGUGCCCAGGGACAGGGAGAGUGACCAGUGUUCCCUGGUGAAGCUAAAGGACCAGCCCAGUGAAGAUGAAGGAGAGGUGGUCACUGGGUCUCUGAGGAGCCCCUCCGGCUCCCUGGGCAUCUAUCCUCUAGCUGUCAAGAUGAUGUGGAACUUUGGGGUUGGUGUCUGUCAAGAUAAUGCCAUUUUUCCAGAAGUGUGCACUUGUUCACUUUCCUUCAUGGAUUUAAAGUGAGAGGACUGGUAUAAGACAUUUGGUGGAAACCAUCUAGCCCUUUCUUACACCAAUCUACACUUCAGAAAAAAUGACAGAUUAUUGGGGCACAGGGAGAGUGUGAUUGUUACUUUUGGUUUUUAAAUAUUACUAUAGAAUAUAGGCUAUGUUCAGCAUGCAAUUGGCAUAGUAAUAAGACUGUCUUUCCUGCAGGCUGGUUCAUCAAGCGAGGCUAUUCUGAGAUCCAUGUCCCAGGAGCUGGUCCCUGCAGGCCCUCUCGCCAUGAAACAGGAAAAAGAGGAACAGAUUGCACUAAACGGGUUAGUAUCAGCAAUCAGUCACUGCAUCAACUUACUUUCAAUAGACACAGAAUAGCCCAACAUAUUUUGAGAGUGUUUUGCCAUGCAUCAAAAGAGUGCAUUUCAAGUUUUAUUUCCAUUGGUCUGUUUUGCAGGUAUUUUGGGGAAGUGCCCAAGAGGGUUUCUGCCCACCCCAACGUGAUCAGGGUGUUCCGGGCGUUCACAGCAGAUGUACCCCUUCUACCCGGUGCCUAUGAGGAGUACCCUGAUGUCCUGCCAGCCAGACUCAACCCUGAGGGCCUGGGCAACAACCGUACUCUGUUCCUGGUCAUGAAGAAGUAAGGAUAAUUCUCCCACAUCCAUCCUCCAGCUGUAUCUCAGUGUCCCAGCCCCAGAUUAAGUCAACUCUUGGACUAAAAAUCAAUUGUUUUUUACCGGACCGGACCAUUUUGUGUGCAGAUUUGUCCAUCCCAGUAGUUAUAUAUUCACCCAACCUAGUGUAUACUGAUCUUUCCUCCCCCUGUUUCCAUAGUUACCCAUGCACCCUGCGUCAGUACCUGGAGGUGAAUGUGCCCAGCAGGAGAGAGGGCUCUCUGAUGGUGAUGCAGCUGCUAGAGGGGGUCGACCACCUGUACAGACAGGGCAUCGCUCACAGGGACCUUAAGUCAGACAACGUGCUCCUGGAGUUUGACUCAGGUCAGAGAGAGAGAGAGCAACAGGGCAAGCUCAGGCAUGGUAUACUGAGUGUCAUUAAGCUUUGCCAUGUUUUUUAAAAGUUAAAUAUGAGAUUAAUUUACAAAAGACAUGGUUAGAAUUCUGUCUUGAUGUUUUUGCUCUCUCCAAACUCAAAUGAAGAUAUUACCUGUGAUACUAAUUAAUUCAUUAAUAAUGCUUAUCGUAUUAGUUUUAAUCGAAUAAUCCUAUUGACAUUUGGCAUCUCUAUUGUGCAGAGGGCUGCCCCCGCCUGGUGAUCACAGACUUCGGCUGCUGCUUGGCUCAGAGUGACUCUAGUCUCCAGCUACCCUUCAACACUAUGUGGGUGAACAGAGGAGGUAACUCCUGCCUGAUGGCACCUGAGGUAAGCUCCUAUCAUCAGAGAAAUAGAAAACCACAAUCAAGAUUCAUACAAGCUUUUUUUGGAAAUAAAAGUUAAAAUACACAGUCUCUUGUGACAGACGGUUAACAUAAAUGGAAACAUUUUCUGGAUUCUGGGAUUAAAAUACACCUCUAUCUCUCUAUAGGUUGUCACUGCAGUUCCUGGGCAGGGUGUGGUCAUCGAUUACAGCAAGGCAGAUGCAUGGGCUGUCGGGGCCAUUUCUUAUGAGAUAUUUGGCCAGGCCAACCCAUUCUAUGGAGCAGGUGGACUGGACAGCAGGAGUUUCCAGGAGAUCCAGCUCCCUGCCCUGCCUGCCAGUGUCUCAGCUGACAUGCAACUAGUCGUCAAGCUGCUUCUGCGUAGGAACCCCAAUACGGUACAGAGUCUAAUAAGGAAUUUUAUUAGAUUAUAUUGCCCUUCACUUCACUGAAGGGUAUGUUAACAAUGAUUUUCUAAUUUCUCAGGGCUUCUCAGAGAGUAUUUGUGAGAUAAACAAGAUAAAGUUGUUCAUUAUGCAGUACUCAUUCACUACGUAAGGGCUUGGUGAUUAGUAUUGGAAGUCAUUAUGUACACUGUCAGAGAAUCCCAUGCUCCUAUUGUUGUUUCUCUGCAGCGCCCCAGUGCCCGAGUUGCUGCCAACAUGCUGCAUCUGAGCCUCUGGGGAAGGCGUGCCCUUGCCAAUCAGGACAGCGCUGGCAUGAAGAAGCUAGCUGAUUGGCUGCUGUGCCAGUCUGCCGUGGUGCUCCUGAGGGGCUGCAGCCCCAGUGGGAGCUCGGUGGAGGCGGACCUACAGAGGUGCUUCCUGUCUAACCUGGACCUGGAAGACCUCCGAUUGGCUGUCAGCUUCCUCAUGUACGGACGAGAACAGGGCAGUGCCAGCAUCAUGUCUCUUUAGGUCCUCUCAGAGUCUAACCCAGAGACAUAUACACUACCGUUCAAAAGUUUGGGGUCACUUAGAAAUUUCCUUGUUUUCC